UAAUGGGACUAACCAGGGAGUUGCGCAGGUAUAGAGAUUUCGCUGCGCCGCGCAUCUCCCUUUCCACGUUCGUGAUGGCUGCCGGUACUCUGUAUACAUACCCGGAAAAUUUCCGUGCAUACAAAAUCCUCAUCGCCGCACAGUACAGCGGUGCUAAAGUCGAAUUGGCAAAAGACUUCAAAUUUGGAGACACAAACAACACAGAUGCGUUUCUUAAAAAGUUUCCUCUAGGAAAGGUGCCAGCAUUUGAGGAUGACACCGGUGUUACUCUUUUCGAAAGCGAUGCUAUAGCUCGUUAUGUUGGUAAUGCUACGUUGCGGGGUACCACAGGAGCAGAUGCGGCUAAAAUCUGCCAGUGGGUAGAAUUUGGAAACAAUGAAAUCUACCCUUCUGCAGCCACGUGGGUGUUUCCAUGUCUAGGUGUCAUUCAAUUUAACAAACAAGCAACAGAAGAAGCCAAAGGACAUGUGAAGAAGGCCCUUGGUGUGCUAGAUGGACAUCUUAAGACACGCACUUUCCUUGUUGGGGAGCGUAUUUCUCAAGCUGACAUAUCCGUUGCCUGUGAUCUACUACUACUCUACCGCUAUGUACUUGAUCCUGCAUUCAGGGCUGUGUUUGGCAAUGUCAACCGUUGGUUCCUCACACUGCUACACCAGCCUCAGUUCAAGACUGUAAUUGGAGACUUCGAGUUGUGCCAGAAGGCUGCGCAGUUUGACGCUAAGAAGUACCAGGAACUUCAUGGGAAGAAGAAGGAAGAGAAACCGAAACAGGAGAAAAAACAAGAGAAGAAGCCAGCAAAAGCAGCAGAACAGGAGGAACCUGAUGCAUCAGAGGAAGCAUUAGCAAAGGAACCUAAACCGAAGGAUCCAUUUGCAGCCUGUCCUAAGAGCUCGUUUGUAUAUGAUGAAUUCAAGAGGAUGUACUCAAACAAUGAGACAUCAGAAUCUAUUCCUUGGUUUUGGGAGCACUUUGAUAAAGAAGCCAACUCAAUCUGGUAUGGAGAGUAUAAGUACCCUGAGGAUCUCACGAUGAUUUACAUGAGCUGCAACCUCAUAAAUGGAAUGUUCCAGAGGUUAGAGAAGAUGAGGAAGGGUGCAUUUGGUAGUGUUGUUCUCUUUGGAGAAGACAAGAAAAGCACCAUUGCUGCUGUAUGGGUGUGGCAAGGCCAGGACCUUGCCUUUACUCUAAGUCCGGACUGGCAGAGUGACUACGAGUCCUACACAUGGAAGAAACUUGAUGCUGACAGCCCGGAGACAAAGAAAAUGGUUGACGAGUACUUCGCAUGGGAAGGAGAUUUUGAUGGCAAGAAGUUUAACCAAGGGAAGAUCUUUAAGUAAUUUCUAAGCCACGCAAAUGUGCAGCAAUGGUAUUUUGGAUCUUGACAUUAAAAUAACAUAAAUUAUGUACUGCAAAUAA